AUGCGGGAAGCCGAAGCCGUCGCGGAAUUCGAGCCGUUCUCAGCGGCGGUGAGAGAAGUGGUCAUACCAGACAACAUGAACAGCCUAGUGUUGGAGACGUACAGCGGGCAAACUGAUCCAAAGGACCACUUGCUUCAUUUCAAUACGAAGAUGGUAAUAAUCGCAGCUUCCGACGCGAUGAAGUGCAGGAUGUUCCCAUCUACGUUUAAGAACGCAGCGAUGGCUUGGUUUACGACUUUGCCUUGGGGAUCAGUAGCGAAAUUCUGCGACUUCUCGUCAAAACUCCUCAUCCAGUUCUCCGCAAGCAAGAUCAAGCAGGUUACAAUUGAAGAUCUGUAUGAUGUUCGACAGUUGGAGCGAGAAACUUUGAAGCAAUACGUGAAGCGUUACAGUGCUACGUCCAUGAGAAUCGAGGAGUCGGAACCUCAGGUAUGCGCGCGCGCUUUCAAAAAUGGAUUGCUGCCGGGAAAACUGAAAAGCAAGCUGAGUCGGAAACUAGCACGCUCGAUGACGGAAGCUCGCGCCCGGGCGACCGCCUACAUCCUGGAUGAGGAGGACGUUGUGUUUAAAAGGAAACGUGUACAGGCAGAAAAUGUAGGCGACCGAAAGAAUGUGUCGCUGACGGGGAAACGAGUACGGAGAAAGGGAGCAAACAGUACGCGAAAGGAUAAGAAGUUCGAGCAAUCUGAGCACUUUGAAGGGAAGCGACUUUGUUAG